UUUUAGACUCGCAAUUACGUAAGCACGACAGUGUCAGCGGCUGGACCCAUUAGGCAUUUUCUCUUUUUUUUUUACUCGAUCAUGGAUUCAACAAUUUCUAAGGAAACGGAGAAGCACUGUGUUUUGUGCUGUCAAGAUAGCGACAUCUUCGCCUUCGGAAAAUGCGACCACCCGGUGUGUUAUCGCUGCUCCACCAAAAUGAGGGUGCUCUGCGAGCAGAAGUACUGCGCCGUCUGCCGGGAAGAGCUCGACAAGGUGGUGUUUGUAAAGUCUCCGGAGGCCUUUUCUUCUCUGCCCCAUCAGCAGUUCCCUUGUGACAAGAAGCAUGACAUCUAUUUUGGUGAUGAGAAGAUCUAUGCUCAGUACCGGCACCUACUGUUGGCACAAUGUCCCUGUUGUGCCGAAGCUAAGAUCUUCUCAAAGUUUGUGGAGCUGGAGCAACACAUGAGGAAGCAGCAUGAGCUCUUUUGUUGUAAACUCUGCACAAAACAUUUGAAGAUCUUUUCCCAUGAGCGGAAGUGGUACAACCGCAAAGAACUCGCUCGCCAUCGAGCGCACGGAGAUCCAGAUGACACCAGUCACAGGGGACACCCCCUCUGUAAAUUCUGCGACGACCGCUACCUCGACAACGACGAGCUGCUCAAACACUUGCGGAAGGAUCACUACUUCUGCCACUUUUGUGACGCUGACGGCUCUCAGGAAUAUUAUAGUGAUUACCAGUACUUAAGUGAGCACUUCAGAGAAAGUCACUAUCUGUGUGAGGAGGGCGUAUGUGCCACCGAGCAGUUCACCCACGCAUUCCGCACCGAGAUCGACUACAAGGCGCACAAGGCUUCGGCGCACAGCAAGAGCCGCGCCGAGGCCCGCCAAAACCGCCACAUCGACCUGCAGUUCAACUUGGCUCCGAGACAACAGAGGAGAAAUGAAGGCAUGGUGACAGGGGAGGAUUAUGAGGAGGCCCGUCAUCAACGAGGAGCAAGGGGAAGACCUCAGAUGGGACAGAAGAGCUGGCGGUACUCUCGCGAGGAAGAGGACAGAGAGGUGGCGGCUGCUAUGCGGGCGUCAAUGGCCUUACGUCGACAAGAGGCUCGAAUGGCCGCGCUGGAGAGGAGCGCUCCCAAAUAUUAUAGGGAAGAGAGGACAGAGAGAACUGAAUCAGAAGCGCUGACUGGACCAACCAAACCAACAAGUAAACCUCCAGUAAGGACAAUGAGGAGUUUGAAUCCCAUGGAGGAGGAAGAUGACUUUCCAGCGUUGGGUGCUGCCGCACCUCCUGCCAUUGUGAAAUCCUCUUCACCGGUGGUUCCCACGGGUCCCAGGACUCUGAAGGAAGAUGACUUCCCCAGCCUGUCAGUAGUUAAUGUCGCAGCCCCCUUGACACCAUCCUAUCCUGCCCAACCCAAAAAGUCAUCUUCUUUUCAAGAGGAGGACUUCCCUGCUCUGGUGUCCAAAAUCCAGCCCCGAAAAUCUGCAACGGGCAAGAACUCUGCCUGGUCCACUCACACUGCACCAGCCCCGCCCAAGGCUCAGCCCCCGCCGUCUUCUAGGCUUCCCCCUCCACUCUCCUCAGCAUCCCACGGCCCCCAACUCCUUACCUCCUCAAGCUCGUCAUCGUCAAGGAGAAAAAAGAAAGUCGGGGAGAACUUAAAAGUCGCUCCCUUACGCUCACCUUCGUCCUCAGACGACGAGAGCGGCGGAAUGACGCAGCAGCAGUUCCGCUCGGUGCCCACCAUGCUCGACAUAUCGUCUCUGCUUACGGUUAAAGGAAAUGGCAGCAAACCUUUAACUGCCACCAGCAGCCCCCCCGCUCCGAACCAGAGCGGUGACCCCCCUACCAUUAAAACCAGCAAAAAGAAAAAACAAAAGAACUCCAGCUCUCCUACAAACUCUUCAGCAUCAGGGACACUGGGUGCUCCCGUAAAGACUCUUUCGGUGGAAACGACGGCUCAAAAGGAGAACGUUCCUGAAAAAACGAGGAACAAGCCCUCCGGUGCUGCGGCGCUGACAGCAGCGAGCCGAUUGGUUAACGGCUUCAACGAGAAACCGGCCAUUAGUACAGAGUCGGUCACGGCACCGCCGCAACCUAGCACAGAUGCGUUUGUAGAACAAGAGGAAGACUUCCCGGCCCUCAAGACUAAGAAGCCACCUCCAGGCUUCAAGACCUCCUUCCCAACAAAGUCAUCAACUCCAGCUUUAUCCUCCUCAAUGCCACCACCUCCACCCGGCUUGGCACUCUUGGCCACUAAACCGCCUCCAGGCUUCACUGGUAUCCCCCUCAACAGUAAUGUGGUGGAGACCCCUCCUUUGGCAAGCAACCCCCUCCCUAAAUCAUCCAACAGUGAUUACCUGGUUCCGGAGGACUUCCAUCAAAGGAACCAGGAGCUGAUCCAGUCCAUUCGGAUGUACCUGCACGAUGAUGAGUCCAAGUUCAAUCAGUUCAAGAACUACUCUGCACAAUUCAGACAGGGCGUCCUAUCAGCGACCCAUUAUCACCGCAGCUGCAAAGACCUGCUGGGCGACAAUUUCAACCGCAUCUUCAACGAGCUGCUGGUGCUCCUGCCAGACACAGUCAAGCAGCAGGAGCUCCUGUCGGCGCACGGAGACUGCAAGGCUCUGGAGAAACAGUCGGGGAUGGGGGGAGGCGGAAGGAAAAAUAAGAACAAAAAAAACGCCUGGCAGACGCCUAGCGCACAGGUUAACGCCGCCUCCGAGCUGGACUGCCAGGUGUGCCCCACGUGUAGACAGGUGCUAGCCCUGAAGGAUUUCAACUCCCACAAAACGCUGCACAUGAGGGAGAACGACGAGUUCCCUUCCUUGCAGUCCAUUAGCCGAAUUAUCAGCUAGCCCCGCUGCGCCAAUAAGUACUCUCUUGAUUACUCUCAUUGGCCGUUGCCAGCAUGGAAGGCGGCAGCGGUUGGUCGCCGCUCAAAAGGGGGACGGGGGGGGGGGGGCCCAACGUGACUUCUGAUAAUCAAUUCAUUCAAACGCGUCGCAGUUAAAAUGUCAAGUCGCGUUCCAACUGGGCCGUUGGCAGUGUGCAACCACAACUGUUGGCUCAUUUCAAAAGGAGGCAAGACGGAACCUGAUAAGUUACUUGAAGAAUCCUUUGACCCCUUUUCUUCUUUUCAUGAACAGUUGCUCAUAUUUGAGUAUCAAGUCAGGAUACCUGGUGCAAAAAAAGCAGUUCUAAAUUAUUUAGCUCAUUGCAUUAAUGUAGCGCUUGAGCUCCAUUGAAUUGACUGUAUGCAGAAAAAAAAAAAAACUUUUUAAUUCUGUUCAGACAUGUAGAAUGGGAGUUUGCAAAUUUGAAAAAAAAUCAUAUUUGUUGAAUAGUACAUGAUAAAUCAUACGUCCCAUCUACCUCUCAUUCGAUAGAAAAGAAACCACCAUGUCCGAAGAUAAACAACCAACCAGAGACAGAAGGUUCAAUCAUUUGUUGCGCGGUAACCGCGACCGGUGACCCGUUACCCCGGAAAAGCACCUCAUUUGUAAUUGAGUGUGCGGUUUGAGGAUUGACUUGAGUUUUCUCUUUUGUGAUCCCGCUACAAGUGCGCCCACGAGUGCACGACUAAUAAUCGACAACUCUUAAGCUCUUACUUGAGGUUAGGUUCAUUAAAACAUUGGGCCAGGUUGGACCAGACUUUGAAUAUUAAGAAACUCAAAUUGCUUUCUGUUAGCUUAUUUUCUGUUUAAAUUAUUCGACUUAAUUUUGAAUAAGCAGGUUUAAUAACAUCUCGCCGAGGUUAACAGUAGCACAUUUUUAUUUCAGCCUCCGGGUUUUAGACUUAAGUGGUGCAUGGGACUGUGACGCACGCUUGUGCCGGUGGCCUUGCGUGUGUGUUCAUCUUCUCUCAGGACCUUCAGCUUGCAGUGCCCGUGUGUCAAUAACUUCAUGACGUCAUUUCUGUACAUCAUACCACUGAUGCUGCUGAUGUUUCUAUUUCUUGUCUGGCUCCAAUAAAGCCCUUUCUGUCACAUGUA